AUGCUGGAUCUGGCCAAGGAAACCGUAGAACGCAUUAGUGAUGUGCUAAACGUUGAGGUCAUCGGAAGUGGUGUGGCUGGGGAAGCACUUGUCGGCACCUACACCUGCUUGACCAAUCACAGUGGUCUCGUACACUCACAAACCAGCCUAGAGGAGCUUGAUCAACUGGACUCCCUUAAUCGCGGCACUGUACUCAUUGGAAGUGGUUUAGUUGCCAAUGCUUGGGUAGCAUUUUGCGGUCUAGACACGACAAGUACGGCAUUGUCCCUAGUCGAGUCGGUGUUCCAGUUGACUGAAUCAAGUACUGUGAUGCAUCGCGUCUACUAUGCAAUGCAAUCCUAA